AUGUAUAUGCGCAAUCUUGUUAGUAGUCUUUGUUUAUUUGAUACAGACAAUUUACCCAUGCUCAACUAUCAAUUUGAAUUGUAUAACGAGAAUAACUCUCUUAUUACCAAUAUUCGACGACGAAUUAAUCAAACAUCAUUAUCUGUGGUUGAUCAAGCAAAAUUUAAAAGUUUACUUGUUCGAAUGAAUCCCGAUGAAAUUGUUCAUUGUUUAGGUUUAUUAGAUCAUGUGUUCACAUAUCUAUGCAACAUUGACGAUGAUGUAUCUGGCAGCAGCAUACAAGCAUUUGUUGAACAGCACAUGAACACUAAUGCAUGUCUCAAUGAGCAUUUUUUUCGGCGACCACCAUUUUCAACGGUUCCACUCAUUCACAUAAUUGCCUUGUACGAGCUGGUAGAAGAAGUAGCAUUUGAUAUUGUACUACGUCAGCAUGUCAAAACAGAACUACGUGAAGCAGUACUCGAUGACAGAGGAAAAACCAAAUUUGUUGCUCAAACUUUUGGUAAAGUCAACAUCUCGCCAAUAUUGAAAUUAGCAAUCAUAUGGAUUGGAGUACUUAAAAGACUUCUGAUUCGAGUACUCAAUGCUUAUGUCGAUCUAAAGAUACCUUUACAAAUAUAUAUAGAACGUAUCGAUCUCUGGUCUGGUGACAUUUCUGAAGUUGAUUUGCAAACGUUUGAGCUCGAUGAAGGCAUUCUACUUGAGCAUACAUAUUGUAUCCUUAAUCAUGUGGAAAAAGACCAUCCAACAUCAAUUAUAAAUGAUUCUAUAGCUACUGCUGAUAGUCAACAGCCGAUUAGCUCGCAUAUUACCACUGGUAAUACCCAAAGUUUUACUGCAAGAACUUGGUAUCAGAAUACAAAUCAACCUGUCAAAAAAAUAACACUUGGCAAAUCAGAACAAAAACUACGCGUAUAA